AAUCAUCUGAAAAUACAAGACAAUAUAGUUAAGCUCACUGCUUUACAAUCAGGGUUGGGAUGUAAUGGAAUAAAACUAUUGGGAAUAUGUAAUGAGAAUACAGAAAUUAGGUAUCUGUAUUCAGUCAAACUCUAAAGAAGACCUCAAUUAACAAGCUUCUUAACAAACGCUCAAGUUCCUACUAAAGCCUGAAUAGUCUGACAAAUUAAUGUGAAGCGCCAGUUAUCAAUCUCAGCAUUACUGAGCUCUUUUGAAAGACGAUCAGAUGAAUAAUCUUCUAUGUAGUGGACAUGUUUGAUAAGCUUAGCAUCUUUUUUGUACUGGACACCUGCUCAGAGGAUUGUGGGAGCAGCAGUGGGCUGAAGCAGCGGCAAGAAGGAGACGUGACGGUGGAGAGGCAGUAGGAUGGGGGAGGGGGCAGCAGAGGAGAGAGAGGGAGCAUCUCCUGCAGGCAUUCGGGCUGCAGAAACUGCGCCUGAUUGGCCGGCAGAAGCCUGCGACGUCAGCCUCGGCAGGCUGGGGGGAGUGGAGAGGAAACACAGCGAGGCUAGGAGGGAACCCGUACCACUCAAAUGAUCCACGAUAAGCUCUGAGGACGCUCGGCACCUGCAUCUCAAAAGCCUUCGUUGAUCAGCACAGAAAAAUCACUGCCUCUGUUUCUCUCAAGUCCAGCAUCAGGAUCCCAGCCUUCUGCUUCCUGCCUCAGCCAUGAACUACCUGCGCCGGCGUCUUUCCGACAGCACCUUCAUCUCCAACCUGCCCAAUGGCUACUUAUCGGACCUCCAGAAGCCAGACCCUCCCCAGCCGCCUCCACCCGAAGCGGGUCAGCAGGCCACCCAGCCACCCGCUGUCUCUCCGACCCCCGAGAGAAAGCCCCAGCCAACUGCCCAGUCCUCAGGGACGGGCUUCUUCAGCUCCAUCACGAACGUGGUGAAGCAGACGGCAGCCUCGGCUGGGCUGGUGGAGCAGACACCUGUCCCCGUGGCCAAGAAGUUCAAAAUCCUCCUUGUGAUCGACGAGCCGCAGCAGGAGUGGGUCAAAAUUUUCAGAGGGAAGAAGCUACAGGGAGAUUAUGAUAUAAAAGUGGAACAGGCGGAGUUUCGUGACCUGAAUGUGGUGUCCCAUGCUAAUGGGACCUGUAACGUAGCUAUGCAAGUCCUUAGGAAUGGAACCAAGGUUGUGAGGUCAUUCAAGCCUGAUUUUGUCCUCAUCCGACAACACGCCUUCAGUAUGACUGAGAAUGCAGAUUUCCGCAACCUGAUCAUCGGGUUACAGUACGCAGGCAUCCCCAGCAUCAACUCACUGGAGUCUAUUUACAACCUGUGUGACAAACCAUGGGCGUUUGCUCAGCUGAUCAGCACACACAGGAGACUUGGACCGGAGAAAUUUCCACUGAUCGAGCAAACGUUCUAUCCAAACCACAAAGAGAUGGUAACCAUGCCAACGUUCCCCGUCGUGGUGAAAAUUGGACAUGCUCACUCUGGUGUGGGGAAGGUGAAAGUCGACAAUCACACAAAGUUCCAGGACAUAGCGAGUGUGGUCGCUCUCACACAGACCUACACAACAUCUGAGCCUUUCAUCGAUUCCAAGUAUGACAUCAGGAUUCAGAAAAUCGGCAACGAUUACAAAGCUUACAUGAGAACUUCCAUCUCAGGCAACUGGAAGUCCAAUACAGGCACUGCCAUGCUGGAACAAGUGGCAAUGACAGAUAGGUAUAAGCUUUGGGUGGACACCUGCAGUGAGCUGUUUGGAGGCCUUGAUAUUUGUGCAGUCAAAGCCAUUCAUGGCAAAGAUGGGAAAGACUACAUUACUGAUGUGGUGGGCUCAUCAAUGCCCCUGGUGGGAGAUCACCAGGCAGAGGACAGGCAGCUUAUUGCUGAUAUGGUUAUAGCCAACAUGAACCAGGCUAUGGCACAGAACCCUAAAAGACCAACUACAAUUCAGCCAUCACAGAGCGCCACUCAGAAGGAAGCCAUGACGGACCUGAAAAAGACCCCACCACAGAAGCCCCCACCUCAAGGUUGUUUGCAGUACAUUCUUGACUGUAAUGGCGUUGCAGUAGGCCCAAAACCGGUCCAGGCAAACUGAGACGUGAGAGAGAGGCCAUAAUGACAGCGCUCUCCAUGCGCUGAGCACUGAAGGCAGACGUUCAGACAGUGAGAUGAGACGAGGGCGUUGGGAGGGGAGGGGUGGGCCGAUCUCUCUUCUCUCAGAGAAUCAGAGAGAAAAGCCUGGACUGUGUUUUUCCCCUAUGCAGUGUCAACGUGUACUUUAGCUGUGCGCUUGUGAUGGUUGCUUGUGUUUCUCUGUAAAGCGGUUGUUUUCUUCAGGGCUGUUUUUCCGUGGUGUUAUGAGCAGAGUGUGCCUACAAAGUUCAGUGUUGCUUUUACCCCUCAUGUACUGUACUCUCUCUCUCAAUCUUCUUUUUUUUCCGUUAUCCCUGUUUUGUCUCCAUUUCAGUGUGUAUUUAUCGGUGGUGUUCAAACUGUGAUCUGGUCAGCAGUUUGACAUUGUGUGUUCAGUAUAUAUGUGCGUAUGGCCAUUGUGGAGAUGAUAUAAAUAUAAAUGUAUUGAUAUACAUACACACUUUUUUUUCCUUUUCCUUUCCUUUUUUUUCUUUUUUUCCUUUUUUUUUGCAUGAACACUUCCAAGGCAGGUGAUUGUGUAGAAAGGUGAGACAGACUCGCUGUGCUUUUUCUGGUCACCGUUCUAAUGAUUCAGACACAUUAGUAGUGCUCAUGGCAUUGUGAAUGUGUACUAAAUAUUGUCAGCUUACAACUUAGUGAGAAAACAUUGUAGUGUAGCGUUAGUCUUUUGAGUAAUGUAGAAUUUUUAGAGCUUCAUAGUGAACACAUACUUUCUUUUUUUAGUGGAUUCAAGAAAAUAAUAACCUGAACACUGAAUUUUUGUAUCAUUUUGCUAGAGAUGUUUUUAACUGGUCAAGUAGUUGUUUUGGAUAUUAUGGCGAUGCAUGUCAUGGUA